AUGUCUGGAAAUCAGAAUAAAAAUUUUGGAAAAAGAAAUUCUAAAAAUGGACCGCCAAUGGAUUUAGAGGUAGUGGCACUUGGUGCAGCCAAUAGGAAGAAACCAGCUGCAGUUUCGUCGGCAGGUGUCACAGUGGUUACACCACCGAAUAUCACUGGUGGUAAACCAUUCGAUGGCGAUAUGAUGACUGCUGCUGCUGCAGUUUCAUCGCCUGGCGAACCACUAAACAAGAAGUUGAAAUCCGAAAAUAUCUCAACUAUACAGCCACCGCAAUUGGUAUCUCCAAUGCUUGUACAACAACAACAACAACAAAUGCAACAACAACAACAGAUGCAACAUCAACAAAUGCAACAACAACAACAACAUAUGCAACAGAUGCAUCAAUCGAUGGUAGUCCCACCACCAAACUUUAUACAUACACAGCAACAACAACAGCAACAAAUGCAGCAAAUGCAACAGAUACAACAACAGAUGAUUCAACAACAGCAAUUACAACAACAGCAACAGCAACAACAAAGAGUAGCAGCAACAACAGCAGGCGGUGGUGUUGGACAACCUUCAUUGUCAGUCAGUGAGAUAUCAAGUAUUCUAGAGGGAUUGUUGAGUGUGGAAAUGAAUGAUGCUGCGCUUACGACGGAUAGAGAAAAGUUGAUACGUACUCUGAGAUUGGUGUUGCAGUCUUUCAAGACACUGCCGGCUGCCACUGCCAAUGCUCUGCAAUCGGAGCCUUAUCUCUCACUUCAGAACUUGGCAAAGCGAUUGCCACAAUUGUUUGCAGCACCCGAACUACUGGAGCCACUGCUUCUCCUGCUGAGGAGGGAACCCACACAGAUUGGACAGCAAAAGAAGAACAACCUAUCGAUGGUACUCGCUUGUAACCUGCUGAUGUCAGCCUAUGAGAGUGUACGUGACUGGCCCAUCCAGAUGUUUGUUGCAUACAUCGAUGAUGCCGUUGGCGAUCGUCUCUGGGUGGACGAUCAAAACUGUAAAAACUUCACAUCCAACAUCCUCUCUUCGUUGCCAAGCAAAACCGCAACACCCGCAGCAACAGUAGUUCCACCACCUACACUCAACAGCAACAGUAACAAUCCGACAGCUACAACAGGAACAACAUCAAAACCAUCACCUUUAACAUCACCACCUCUCAACAAUAGUGGAUCGACAAUACCAACAUCUUCAACAUCAACAUCAACAUCCUCAACAACAUCGUCAACUUCCUCAACUUCAUCAUCAACAGUUGAUGAUGAUGAAGAAAUUGAGGAAGAGAUUAUAUCUUCUUCUUCAUUUGGAUCACAAACACAACAACAAUCGACAACAAAAACAACAACAACAGCAACAACUAGUAGUAUUAAUUCACCAACAAAUAGUUCUAGCAACAACUCUAGCAAUCUAAGUAGUACAAGUAGAUUCUCACAUUGUCAGGUGGAUUUGAUUAGAUAUAUAGUUCAACAAAUUAGAUCGAUCAAUGUAUCGUUCAAUGCAAGAGGAUUGGUGAGAUUGUUGAUGUUGACAGUUGGCUAUAAAGAGUCGAGAGUCGAGGGAUCGGCGUUGAUCGAAGCUCUGCUUGGCAAUCAGAAUGUAUUUAGACCGGCCAAAGACGGCAUCGUCUCACCAACUGCCCAAGUCGAAGCUCGCCACUAUCUUUCGGCACUUGGCGCCGUUGCGUGGCGAAGAAGAGUUGGCGUCGAUCUUCAAGGAGUUGGCGUUGCGCGACGACUAUCUGAAACUGGCACCGAAAAUGAUUGUCCGAAAGAUCCUCAAAAACUUUAUUCAGGUGAAUCUCGUUUAUUUCUUUACGCAACUCACCGAUAUCUCGAAAGACGAAGCGUACAUCACGCGUGA